AUGCGCCCUCUCCCAUUCCUCUUCCUCGCGGUCCUUAUCAGCGCCUUCCCAGUCCCCCUCCCUCCGGGGCUCGAUCCGCGGCAAGGCAAAGCCGCCGCUGACCCCGCGAAAGGCGGCCAAGCUAAAGACCGCGACGAGUAUAUGACAGUGGUGCCGGACCCCAAUAAAGCCGCAGCGGCGAAAGGGGACGAACGCGUUGGGGGGAAGGCGAAACCCAAUCCCGACGUCAAAGUGGCGGCGGAUCCUAACAAGGCCAAGGCCGCCAAAGGGAACCAGGCCAGCGGGGCGAUCAAUGAAAAGCCCAAGCCUAACGAUGGCGUCCAAGUUGCGACGGACCCGGUGAAGGGCGGCCAGGCUGACGCGACAAGGGUGGGCAAACAGCCUAACGACGGCGUUAAAAUUGGGGCGGAUUCCAACAAGGCUGCUGGUAUGGGUAACCAAGCUGGUGGUGGUGCCACGAAAGAGGGUAAACCUAAGCCCGGCGGCGUCAAGGUCGCCACCGAUCCGGCGAAGGCUGGCCAGGCAGGCAGUGCGAUCAAGGAGGACAAGCAGCCGAACGACGGUGUCAAGGCCGCCGCGGACCCGGCCAAGGGAGGCAAGGCUGGACAGACCGUUGGGGGUGGUGCAGUCAAAGGGGCAAACAACGGAGGCGUCAAGGUUGCAGCGGACCCCAACAAGGUCGGAGCUGCAGCCAAGGGUGACCAGGCUGGAGGAGACACUAAGGACGGCAAGCCCGAUGCUGGCAGAGUCAAGGUUGCCGCAGACCCCAAUAAGGCAGCCGGGAUGGGUAACCACGCCGGGGAUGGCGCAACUAAGGAUGGCAAGCCCGGUGCCGCUGGGGUCAAGGCAGCAGCCGAUCCUAAAAAGGUUGGAGCUACGGUCAAGGGCAACCAGGCCAGUGGGGGAGCGACCAAGGAGGGCAAGCCAAAGGCAGGUGAUGGAGCGGUGGUAGGGGCCGCCGACCCGAACAAGGACGCAGCCAAGGGCAAGGGCGGCGAUCGCCUCGGUCCCCAAGGCAUAGUCGUCGGAGAUAGCAACAAGCAAGGAGGCAACACGAAGGACGAGGCAGCUGGGAAUCGCGUUGGGCCGAAUGGCACCGUCGUCGGUAACAACAGCAAGCAGGGAGGCGCCAGCAAGGACGGCAACCGCGUUGGGCCUGGGGGAACUGUCGUGCCUAAUGGCGACAAGCAAGGCAACAAUACGAAAGGUGGCAAGGGUGGGGACCGGGUUGGCCCCCAGGGCACAGUCGUCGGAGAUAGCACCAAGCAAGGCGGCAACGCGAAGGACGGUAAAGCCGGAGACCGUGUCGGGCCGGAAGGUACCGUCGUCGCGGACGGGGCUAAGCAGGGUGGCACCAACAAGGACGGCAACCGCGUCGGUGCGAACGGAACGCACAAACCGCAGCCCACAGGCGCGCGCAUCAACUCGUUCGUCGAUACGGACAACGGGAGUACCACGUACAAGGGCACAGACGGCAAGAUGCGCAUCAAGGUCCCACUGGCGAACGGGCACAUCUACGAGUUCGUACCGUAUCUCCAUCAUGUCACGGGACAUGGGGGCCACUCGCAUGGUGGCGGAUGA